AUGCAACGUGUUCAGCAACUUCGCUCGCAUUUACCGAAAUCUUUGGUAACAUUCUACAAAAAUCAGCUAGUGAUCACUCGAGGCGAGCGCCAGUUUUUGUAUGACGCGGACGGGAAGAAAUAUCUGGAUAUGUUCGGCGGGAUUGUCACCGUUUCGGUUGGACACGCGCAUCCGAAAGUGAACGCGGCGCUGAAAAAGCAAGCCGAUCAACUCUGGCACACUACAUCGAUCUAUCAUACGGUGCCCGUGUAUGAGUAUGCAAAACAUCUCACAUCAACACUACCAGAACAUCUUAAGGUCUGUUUCUUUGUCAACUCGGGCUCGGAGGCAAACGAUUUAGCGCUUGCGCUUGCUCGUGUGCACACUGGACGUUUCGAUGUGUUGACGAUGAGAAAUGCGUAUCAUGGGAUGACACAAACGAUCUUUGGAGCUACAAAUCUCGGCACCUGGAAACAGCCAAUGCCAUCCGGCUUCGGCAUUUUGAAAGCGAUGAACGCCGACCCGUACGCUGGGCCGUGGGGUGGAAAAAAUUGUCGUGACUCUCCGUGUCAACCGCGUCGCGAUUGUGACUGCACCCAGGGACAGUGCAAAGCUUCGGACAAAUAUGUCGAUCAAUUUUUGGAAACAUUGAAGUUCGAUUUCCCGGUUUCGUCUGGACCGGCGGCCUAUUUAGUGGAAAGCGUUCAGGGAGUCGGUGGAACGACGCAAUUCCCGAAAGGCUUCUUGAAGCGAGCCUUCGACGCUGUGCAGACCCGCGGUGGACUGUGCAUUUCGGAUGAGGUUCAAACCGGUUUCGGGCGACUCGGCUCACACUUCUGGGGCUUUGAGACUCAUGGAGUCAAACCGGAUAUCGUCACAAUGGCCAAGGGGAUUGGGAAUGGUUUCCCGAUGGGAGCCGUUGUCACUACACAGGAGAUUGCUGAUUCUUUUGGCAAGGCUCUCUAUUUCAACACUUACGGUGGAAAUCCGUUGGCGUCCAGUGUGGGAAAAGCCGUGCUUGAGGUGAUUGAGGAAGAGGGAUUGCAACAGAAUUGCGCUAAAGUCGGCACUCAUUUCAUGAAGGAAAUUGAGAGAAUAGGAUCGAAAUUCAUCGGUGAUAUUAGAGGCAAGGGAUUGAUGCUCGGCAUUGAGCUGAUCGACGAGGACGGGAAACCGAUGCCCGCUGCAAGAACUGGAGAUAUUUUUGAGGGAAUCAAGGAUCGUGGCGUACUCGUUGGAAAGGGUGGAAUCAAUGGGAAUGUGCUUCGAAUUAAACCCCCAAUGUGCAUCACGGAAACCGAUGCGGAUCGGUGUGUGCAAGCGAUUGCUGAAGCGCUGAAAAAUGGAAAA